CUGCCUCUAUGGUGGAUAGUGGAGUGUUUCCCAUGUGGUAUUGGUGUGCUGGAUAUCCCUUCACUGGUAGCCUGGUAACAUACACUCCCAGGUCUUUCUCUGCCUCUAUGGUGGAUAGUGGAGUGUUUCCCAUGUGGUAUUGGUGUGCUGGAUAUCCCUUCACUGGUAGCCUGGUAACAUACACUCCCAGGUCUUUCUCUGCCUCUAUGGUGGAUAGUGGAGUGUUUCCCAUGUGGUAUUGGUGUGCUGGAUAUCCCUUCACUGGUAGCCUGGUAACAUACACUCCCAGGUCUUUCUCUGCCUCUAUGGUGGAUAGUGGAGUGUUUCCCAUGUGGUAUUGGUGUGCUGGAUAUCCCUUCACUGGUAGCCUGGUAACAUACACUCCCAGGUCUUUCUCUGCCUCUGUGGUGGAUAGUGGAGUGUUUCCCAUGUGGUAUUGGUGUGCUGGAUAUCCCUUCACUGGUAGCCUGGUAACAUACACUCCCAGGUCUUUCUCUGCCUCUAUGGUGGAUAGUGGAGUGUUUCCCAUGUGGUAUUGGUGUGCUGGAUAUCCCUUCACUGGUAGCCUGGUAACAUACACUCCCAGGUCUUUCUCUGCCUCUGUGGUGGAUAGUGGAGUGUUUCCAAUGUGGUAUUGGUGUGCUGGAUAUCCCUUCACUGGUAGCCUGGUAACAUACACUCCCAGGUCUUUCUCUGCCUCUAUGGUGGAUAGUGGAGUGUUUCCCAUGUGGUAUUGGUGUGCUGGAUAUCCCUUCACUGGUAGCCUGGUAACAUACACUCCCAGGUCUUUCUCUGCCUCUAUGGUGGAUAGUGGAGUGUUUCCCAUGUGGUAUUGGUGUGCUGGAUAUCCCUUCACUGGUAGCCUGGUAACAUACACUCCCAGGUCUUUCUCUGCCUCUGUGGUGGAUAGUGGAGUGUUUCCCAUGUGGUAUUGGUGUGCUGGAUAUCCCUUCACUGGUAGCCUGGUAACAUACACUCCCAGGUCUUUCUCUGCCUCUAUGGUGGAUAGUGGAGUGUUUCCCAUGUGGUAUUGGUGUGCUGGAUAUCCCUUCACUGGUAGCCUGGUAACAUACACUCCCAGGUCUUUCUCUGCCUCUGUGGUGGAUAGUGGAGUGUUUCCCAUGUGGUAUUGGUGUGCUGGAUAUCCCUUCACUGGUAGCCUGGUAACAUACCCUCCCAGGCAGGGACGUGCACAGGAAUUUUAGAGGGCAGUUGCUCAAACCUGAAAAAAGGGCAACCCCCCCUCCCCCCACACACACACAAACUGCAACAACAACAACAAAACACCCUAACAGGCUUUGCACUUUAUGCACACUGUCUUUAUUAGAAUAUUACAAAUAAGCAAAAACAAAAAUUCAGCACUUGAGCUCACUAUUUCUAGGUAAAUUGAAAAAAAUAAACUUGCUUACUUCCAUAUACAUAUUUACCUAGCAGCACAUGUUAUCGAAGGUUAUUAACUAUACAAAAUACGGUGAAUAUGGGGGAGUUUUACCUGCGAGGGGACGUGUGUGAAGGCGUCGCGACGGUCGCGGGGGAAGUGACUGUGACGCCGCGAGGGACGCUUCAAGUACGUUUUGGCGGGAAUGAAUUAACUAGCUAGACAGCUAAUAUUAUAAGCUUUCAAAUGUGAGAAAAUAGUUAAAAUAAUUUUAGAUUGAUGAAUACUUAUAUUUAAAUAGGUAAUUUCAGUGUAAUAAUGUUUUGUUGGAAGCGGAAAUAUCAUUGGUUACUUUUGCAACAGCACUAGGGGAGGGAGGGUAAAAAUAGAAAACGGGGACUAUAAUAACGUCCCUGGAGGAAAUAAUAUGAGGAAAAAAUACACACAUUCGUAACACUAUUUUUCAGAAGGGCAACAUCAGCCGAGAAGGGCAAAACGGCAGUUGCUCAGACAACCUGGGCAACCUACCUGUGCACGUCCCUGCUCCCAGGUCUUUCUCUGCCUCUGUGGUGGAUGGUGGAGUGUUUCCCAUGUGGU